CAAUGUUCUAUUCUAUUCCACUUUUGCAAAACACACAAAUUUCAUAAUUCUACUAAAGAUGGAAUUCAAAAUUAUCAUAAUCUUUCUAGUAAUUCUAGGAGCAUUUAAGGUAAACGGAGAGGAAAAUCUGCCUGGAAAGGAGUUAACAUUGGAGGAUCACACAAGAUUGAAUGGAGAUGAGAAGAAAGCUCUCGAACAGCUCAAGGAAAGAAUUUAUCCCCGAAUUACUGAAGAGUUCAUGAAAAAUGAUUUGUACUUGUUGCGGUUUCUUCAAGCUCGAGAUUUUGACCCGGAGAAAGCUGAACUCAUGUUUCGAAAUCACAUUCAAUGGCGUGAAGAAAACCAGAUGGACACAAUUAACCAAGAAGACUGGGCAGAAAUGAUGAAACUUUUCCCUUACACGGUUCAAGGACGCGAUAAGUCUGGCAGACCGAUUUUGCUAAUGAAUUUUAAAAAGUGGGACAUUUCCAAAUGGAAUUUGGAUCCGGAAAAGCAUAAGAAGCUUGUCCGUCACUUCAACAAGAUGACGGAUGAUGCUGCAGCCCAAGUUUUUAAAGAACAACAGGCUGGGAAAAAUGUGACCCAAUUCCUCUGGCUUGUUGACAUGGACAAAGUUAAUGUUAUGCAACAUGUCAACAUUGCAAGUGCCACUUUCUACUGGGAUAUUACCAAUUCGUGGGAAAUAAAUAAUCCAAAAUUGGCCACGAAAAUAAUGUUGUUGAAUUCUCCAUCCAUUUUUCACAACCUGAUCAUUCCAGGCAUGCGUCAGAUCAUGUCGGACCAUACGAAUAAUGCGUUUGACGACUACCGAGAUAAAGCUACCUGGAAACCGUUGGUGGACAAUUUGGUCGAUGUGAAUCAACUACCUCCGCAAUACGGGGGGACAAAGGGGUCGAAAAAAAUGGUGGCUCAACCACAUCAAGGAGGAAAACUGGUUGGAACUUUCCAAAAAAGACCUGAUGGGACUUGGGUCACGGUAGGAAAAUAAAAUCAGCCAUUCAAUUUUCUUAAAAUUUCUAAUGUAGUUUGUAUUACUACAUGGAAAUCAUUGAAUAAUUAAAACAAGUGGAGAAUGAAAUAUUCCUAAAGUGUUUAAAUAAUUUGGUAAAUAAAUAUUCAAAAUUUGCAAUGCAAUAAUAA